AAUAGAGCUGCUGAGCACUGCGGUGUUUGUCGUCUUCGCUGCUUCGUCACCUCACGUCUCGUAAGAAGCGCUCGACGCUGUUUCUGUAGUUUUUUUUUUAAAUUGUAUUAUUUCACACAAAGCCAAUGGAUUUGGGCGUGAGAAAUGAGCAGUAAGCCUGCUCGGAGGCGAUAAGGCUGGGAGGGGAGAUGCCCUUGACUGUGGGGGGAGUGGAGGGGGAGGCAAGUGUAACAGUGUGAUCCUGUUGGCAGGGCAGGCUGGGAUGCAGCAGCUCUGCAGCCUCCGCAGGCUCACUUCAUCCCAGCAGCAGCAGCACAAGCCCAAAGGACGAGGACGAGCGACAGUCUGGUUGUGGAGCUGCUGCCGGACCUGACAGGAGGCCUCGCCCCAGGCAGGAGGACAUCAACAAAGGUGCGGAUAGGCUCUACUCAAAGCUGACAUCAUGGCCAUCGCCCUGUGAAGCGCUCUAGACUCGGACCCAGAGGACACAAUAAUGACGGAGCGUGAGGAGUCCGAGUUGUCCGCGUCCCUUCACAAGGAGGACGGCCUGUCCAGCGAGACGGAGGAGCCAGAGGAGAGCUCAGAGUUCAUCCAGCCACCCGCCAACGUGGACGCCGUCGACUGCGCGUCCCGGUCCAAGUACUUGCCCAAGGCGGGCAAGUCGGCGCUCAACCGGCCCGGUUCGUACACUGAGACGUCGGCGGUGCGGCGUAACAAGAAGGUGGCGAGGAGAAAGCCUGUGGGCUACUUGUCCUCCAGGCUGGCUCAGCUCGGCGUGCCUAGCAGGAAGUACCUGGCGCUCAUCCUGCAGGACUCACGCUGCUUCCUGUUCUGCAUGUGCUACUUGACUUUCAUCCAGUCCCUCAUGGUGUCCGGUUACCUCAGCAGUGUCAUCACCACCAUCGAGAAGCGCUAUAGCCUCAGGAGCUCAGAGUCAGGCCUCCUGGUCAGCUGCUUCGACAUCGGCAGCCUUCUGGUGGUCGUCUUCAUUAGCUACUUUGGUGGGCGGGGCCAGAGGCCACGCUGGCUUGCGGUGGGUGGGGUCUUCAUUGCCGUGGGCGCCGCCCUCUUCUCCUUACCUCACUUCAUCUCCCAGCCCUACCAGAUCAAGGAAGUCAACUCAUCCUUGGCCAAUGAGGGUCUGUGCAUGAACAGCAACGCCACUGGCAGGGACCGAGUGGACAUCACUUCCUGUCCCAGGGACCAGGAGGGCAAUGAACACAACCUCUAUGUGGCGCUCUUCAUCAUCGCGCAGAUUCUGGUUGGUAUGGGCUCCACGCCCAUCUACACCCUGGGCCCGACCUACCUGGACGACAACGUCAAGAAAGAGAACGCCUCGCUCUAUCUAGCCAUCAUGUACGUUAUGGGAGCGCUGGGCCCGGCCGCCGGCUACCUGUUGGGUGGCGUCCUCAUCGGCUUCUACGUGGACCCCAAGACUGCGGUCAACAUUGAUCAGAGUGACCCCCGCUUCAUCGGAAACUGGUGGAGCGGUUUCCUGCUGUGCGCCGUGGCCAUGCUGCUGGUCAUCUUCCCCAUGUUCACCUUCCCGAAGAAGCUGCCGCCCCGACACAAGAAGAAGAAGAGGAGGAAAAAGUUGAGUUUGGACGAGCUGUCCAGCGACGACGACGUCCUGAAAGAGAAGAGCAACAACGGCAAGAGCCAAGGGGUCACCUCGUCCAUGGGCUUUGGGAAGGACAUCAAAGACCUUCCCAAGGCGGCCGUGAGGAUCCUGAGCAACAUCACCUUCUUGUUUGUCAGUCUGUCCUACACGGCCGAGAGUGCCAUUGUCACCGCCUUCAUCACUUUCAUCCCCAAAUUCAUCGAGUCGCAAUUCGGCAUCCCCGCCUCCAGCGCCAGCAUCUACACAGGCCUGAUCAUCGUGCCAAGCGCGGGCGUGGGCAUCGUGCUGGGCGGCUACAUCAUCAAAAAGCUCAAACUAGGCGCCCGUGAAUCAGCCAAGCUCGCCAUGAUCUGUAGCGGCGUGUCUCUGCUCUGCUUCUCCACGCUCUUCAUCGUGGGCUGCGAUAGCAUCAACCUCGGUGGGAUCAACAUACCAUACACCACAGGGCCGACGCUUACCAUGACACAGAGGAACCUGACGGGAGGUUGCAACGUCAACUGUGGCUGCAGAAUCCACGAGUACGCUCCGGUCUGCGGCUCUGACGGCAUCACAUACUUCAACCCCUGCCUGGCCGGCUGCGGCAGUGUUUCUAACGACAGCAGCGGCGUUCGUAACUACUCAGACUGCGCCUGCGUCCAGAGCCGUCAGGUCAUCACGCCGUCGUCCAGCGGGCCGGGCGGCAACCAGCUGCAAUUGGUCAUAGUCAAGACAUACCUCAACGAGAACGGAUACGCCGUGUCUGGGAAGUGUGACCGCACCUGCAGCACCCUCAUUCCCUUCCUAAUCUUCCUCUUCAUCGUCACGCUCAUCACCGCCUGCGCUCAGCCCUCCGCCAUCAUCGUCACCCUCAGGUCGGUCGCUGAGCAAGAGAGACCGUUUGCUUUGGGGAUGCAGUUUGUCCUCCUCAGGACUCUCGCCUACAUCCCGACUCCCAUUUACUUUGGCGCCGUGAUCGACACCACGUGCAUGUUGUGGCAGCAGGACUGCGGCGUGCACGGCUCGUGUUGGGAGUAUGACGUGACGUCGUUGCGCUUCGUGUACUUUGGCCUGGCCGCCAGCCUCAAGUUCCUGGGCUUCAUCUUCAUCUUCCUGACGUGGUACUCCAUCAAGUAUAGGGAGGAGCGCGUGGAGCGAUGGCUGAAGCACCACCUGUCGCCCGUUGACACGGUGGGCAGUCUUGUGUGUCACCCGGGGGGCCACAAGGGCCAUGCCCGCACACGCUCCUGCCCCGUCAACAUACCCAGGAGCGACCACGCCAUUCACCCUGCUGGCAUGCCGCCACGCGCCGGAGUCCUCAACCGUGGUGUCAGCACUCAGAGUUGCCCGGGCAAUGAGUUGAAAGCAAUAACCCCGCCCCCUCCUGCCAUUGUACCUCCACCUGCGCCGGCCCGCUCUUUGGAGCACGUCUCAGUCCGGGUCUGACUUUCACUUUUAAGAGGCGGACGAGAAGCCAAUCAGCUUCGGACCUAAGGGGCAGUGGGCGGUGCCAACGAUGGCGAAGAGGAGCCUUGUCCUGAUGGAUCUCUGCUUAUUGAGCCGCCAUGGCGUCCAUUGCUCAUGAUGCUCCGCCCCCUUCAACUGGGCUCCAUGUGCCUUGUGUCACCUCACAGCGCCCGCACUCCCUCAGGUGGACUGUGGCCCCACCUACACAUACCUCAAUUCAAACUGCCCCCACCCCCUUUCCCUGCUGCAUUUGGUUCCUUCACCUUGAAUACUGGCGAGGACUUGACGGCCAUUUUGAAGACUCUUAACUGACUGGCUAUGAAGCUCCAUCCCCACCGUCCCUGCCUGACACAAUGACAUAAUGGCACAAUGAAGGCAAGAAGUGUGUUACACACACACACACACACACACACACACACACGUGAGGAGAUUAAUGGUUGAACCUGGAAAAAAAAAGUGAAUGUUUUAGUAUUCCUGUCCAUCCUCUUUUUGAUUCACUUCCUGUCGUCUUCACGGGCACAUACACACACGGUUUACUAACUCGCUGGCGCUGGUCAAAUCUGGGCGUCACCAACCGCAGAGUCACUAAAGUUUGUGCUGUCACACUCUGGCUAGCUGGUCUUUAUUAAAAACACAUCCUCUGCUGAUUGGUUGAGCUGCCUUGACGUCACAUUAUGCAGCAUUCAGUCAGUCUUGCCCAUGUGGCGACACCUACUGGUAACAUGUACAAUUGCAACUAAAAAACAUGCUGUGUCUUAAAUGGAAUACUUGUGUCAGUACACUUCUGUAAGUAUGCUGUGUACACUGCGUGCUUAGUUUCUGAUUGUGUGAAUUUUGACAGUCACAAAUCCAUUACUGUUAUUGUAGCAGAAUUGACAAUAAUAAUAGUUACCUUCUCUUCUUUUUGUUAUGAAUUGCAGCCGCUGAAGUUAGUCCACCCCCAUUCCACUACGUUACCAAGAUGGUGUCUAUUGAGGGUGCUGAGUGUCCAACGCUGAGCACUCACUAUCUUGACGACAAAAUCCGGGUAAUGACAGUGACAUGCACUCAAGAAAAUUGUAUUGUAUGUAAGUAAAUACUUAUGCACUCAAGGGACUUAGUGUAAGUACACUUUUGGCACUCAAGUGACUUAGUGUCAGUAAACACUUGGCACUCAAGUGACUGAGUACAUACGUAUACACUCAAGAGACUAAGUGUUAAGUACACACUUAUGCACCAAAAACAGUGAAUGUACAGUCGAAGACUAAGUGUACAAUAAGUUAUACAGUCAAAGGACUACGUGUAAGUGCACACAAUAGGUUUAAGUACAAACCCCGUUUCCAUAUGAGUUGGGAAUUUGUGUUGGAUGUAAAUAUAAAGGGAAUACAUCCAUCCAUCCAUCCA